GGGUCGCAGGACAUUAAGGGGUUCCAGGUGCAGAAUUAGGUAGGCGGCUGGACGUCGAUUCCGGGCAGAUCCUCACACCCAUUGCAUCGGCAGAAGGUCGGCGGUAGAACAUGGUCGGAGGCGGUUUCCUGAUUGGCGACAGUAGAGCGUAGGCGACCGUUCGAGUCCGUGGUUGGUAGGCAACUUCAGGUCACUCCUUCAAGUCUGAGGCGACGCAACGUUGUUCCGCGGCUAUGUUCAAUGGGUCGAGACUCCUACCAGCAGAAGAGAAGUAGCCCAGCUCGCAGCUAGCCAUCGCCCGAUUGCUCGCCGCUUUAUUCAUUCAUUUUCCUACCCGUACCAGAAGUAACGGUGUACUCGAGCACGUGGGCAUUUAUUGAAGCGUUGAGCCAUGACAGUGUAAAUUGAAGUGCUUUACGGACUGAUUUGACGUUAAAUAUAAACCAAUCAAGUGCAAGUGGCCCGAAAACUCCCCCGCCACCGGAACCGGAAGGAAGCCGACCCGCCGCCAGACCAGACCGGAUCUAGUUCUUUCUUUUUCUCUCACCCCUUACUUCUCAUUUAGAGCGUACAGUGGAGAAACAUGCGCGAAUAUAAAAUUGUAGUGUUGGGAUCGGGUGGUGUAGGAAAGUCAGCAUUGACAGUGCAAUUCGUGCAGGGUAUAUUUGUAGAGAAAUAUGAUCCAACCAUUGAGGACAGUUAUAGGAAGCAGGUGGAAGUCGAAGGCCAGCAAUGUAUGCUUGAAAUUUUAGAUACUGCUGGAACAGAACAAUUCACUGCAAUGAGGGAUUUGUACAUGAAGAAUGGCCAGGGCUUCAUUCUGGUGUAUUCAAUAACAGCACAAUCGACGUUUAAUGACCUGCAAGAUCUUAGGGAGCAAAUCCUGCGAGUGAAGGACACAGAUGAUGUUCCAAUGGUGCUUGUUGGUAACAAAUGUGACUUGGAAGAUGAAAGAGUGGUUGGUAAAGAUCUGGGGGGAAAUUUAGCACGCACAUUUAACUGUGCCUUCAUGGAGACCUCAGCCAAAGCCAAAACUAAUGUUAGCGAAAUAUUUUAUGAUCUAGUAAAACAGAUCAACAAAAAGUCGCCGGAGAAGAAAGUGAAGGUUAAAAAGCCGAGGUUGUGUACGCUUCUCUAAACAUCAACAAAAC